AUGUGUGAUUGGGAAACAUUCACACGAGUCGUCCCACCACUAGGUGACGGCACUCACUCAUCUCUUGUCUCCUUCUUGCUUGAGUUUGGGAAGAAACAUGGAGAGUCCAUGCUCAUUGUCUAUAGUCGAAACAUGAAGCAAUUGGUGAAAUGUCGCUUUCAUGGCGGACUAUACGAGAGAUUGGAAAAGAUUCAGGAAUGUGAUCAUGACAUAAUUAUCAUAGAUAGGCACCGGGGUUUCUUCUUCUUGAAGGUCAACUACCUUGAUGAGAAGCAGCAAGAACAAACUGGUGAUCCGAGGUUUCUACUCAUUCAAGAAAAAUGUGACAUUGCAAAGAGAGACUUCGAUCAUCUAAAAGCCUUGAUGAUGGAGGCUGGCAUGAAGAAAAGAAAACAGGUUAAUGAGUGCUUCUCUCUUCAUUUUCCCAUCAUUGCAUUUCCCAGGGUUCGGAAGGAAGAAAAGCAAUCUCAAAAUGCCUUGGUUCUGUAUGAAGAACAGUGCCAGUCCCAAGAACAUUUUGAGACUUGGUGGAACAAACACAUCAAUCAGAAGCCGAAAAAAUUCAAAUUGAAGCCAGAAGCUCACCUCACCCUAUUGGCUAUAUUUGGGGCACCUGUGUAUGUGACUGCAGUCUUGGACAAUGAGGAGGCAGGGUUCCAGUUUCUCACAGAGAGGGAACUAGAAUUUCUCGUCUUGGAGCCGACCAAGUGCAUCAUAAACGAAGCCUCGGAAACUCGGACAAUGAAGCUGAUGAAAGAGAAAGCCCGGAACAUCAUAACGAAAUGGUUUUCCCAGAGACAAAUCACUGAGGCAGAACAUAUUCUCGUGCUUGGUUCGACUGAAAAUGCCAUGGAAGAGCUGAGUGAAACGAUGCCAGAAUGGAUCGGAAGAUCUGCAAUGGCUACAUACUCUACAUGGACCAGCAAGUCUUUGGAAGAAAAGGGAAAUAUGGUUUCCACAGUGAUUCAGAGAUGCCUCACCUUCUGUGCCCUCCCAUCCAUUGAUAUCAUAAAUGAGGAAACUAGACGAGAUGAUGAAAUUUCUAAGGAAGAACCUGCAGCUAGCAAUCUUCGACACCUUUACUUGGAUCAUGCCGAAGGAUACUUUUGGCUCUUUAGCCCUCAAGAUGAGCUACCAGGAAAAGUUUAUGCCGAACUCAACUGCUCAUAUGGAAGUGAAGUUGUGGCCAGAAUUGACCGAAGUAAACCAGCCAAGGAAACAACAUGGCUAUAUCAAGCUGAACAAUUCAUCAAGAAAACGUAUCGUGAAUGGGAAACUGAAAAAACAACUCACUUGGUCCCAUAUGUCGAAGACAGGGAUGAGUGGAUCAAGAAAGCUGAGCAUGAUUCAGGGAUAAAAGCCGAGAGAUCUCUUAUUCUGAGUUUGUAUGAACUUGGAAAAAGGAAACAGUUGCCAAUGUUCAUUACCUAUAACCGUAAUUUUGCCCACCUCAUCAAAAGGAAGGAUGUAGGUGGUGCCUCAGAGGGCAUCCUGACGGGAGAACACGAUAUCGUCUUGAUACAUAGAGAACUUGGAGCAGUAUUCAUGCAGGUGAAGAAUCUGGAUACCAAGCCAAGCGAGGAAAAACCUAGCAAUGCAGAAAAGAAUUCGGAUUCCAAGCUGACACAGGUGGAACACUGCAAUACAGCGGGGAAUCGGGAAUCCAUGAAAACAGACAUGAAACGCAAGAAUGCCAUAAAGAGGAGCAUUAAGGCAGCUGAGGGACAGCUCGAGAAAGACGUGAACAGCCUGAAAGCUGCCAUUCAAGAAAGUGGAGUGGACGACAUAAACGUCUCACUCUGUGUAAUAGCACUUGUGAAUGUAAGAAGAGAUGAGGUUAAAGAAAAGCCACUUUGUGACUCGUCGCCACCAACCGCCUUUCUUUGCGAAGAAGACCUCAAGUCAGAGGAGGCCAUUGAGCAUUGGUGGGAUGAACACAUCAUUCCCAAACUGCAAAAUUCCAUCGAUUCCAGGACGUUCCUGAAGCUUCUGGCAAUAUACAUCGCGCCGGUGUACGUGACCCCGGCGCACACGGCCCGAAUGAACACGCAGAAACUCAAUUUCCUGACCGCAGACAAGCUGGACAUAUUGGUGAACGGGCCGAAGGACUUCGUGGUGAAAGGGGCGGCCGGAACGGGAAAGACUUGGCUCCUUCAGGAAAAGAUCCGGAACAUCGUCAUGUCCUGGUUUCGACACGAAUCCGUCCAAGAUGAAGACGAAAAGAUCAUUCUUAUCUGUUGUAAUGGAAUUCUUUACUCGCAUCUGUUGGAUACUCUACCAGAUCUUCUCGUGACGUCCGCCAUGGCCAUGAGAAGGCGAUGGAUACAAAAAACACAGGAUGAAAACGAGAAGAGGAGGGUAAAAGACAUCAUACUAAAAAAUCUAAUCGUCUGCUGCAAGAAACACGAGAUAGAUUUAUUGUACGGUGAUGGUUCGUGGAUGGAGUCAUAUGACAAAGCAAGAUCACCUUCCGAAAAGGAAGAAGAGAAUGAGGAAUUCCAGACGGCGAAUCUCGUCUGGCGCAUCCGAAAUGUAACCUGGGAAAUAUUCCUCUUCUAUCGAAUUCUCCUCGACUCCGUCGUGUCACUCCCACCCAAAAAAAAGGAAAGAUGGACGCGGAAAGCCGACAUCAUCCAAAGUCUCUUCCGCUCGUUCAUUCCCGAGAUGAAAGAUUUACGUUUUUUGAAUGAAAAAAUCUGGGCAAUCGCAUUGGAGGGAUUGGAGAAUCUGGACCAGCUGAUGAACGAAGGUUCUGUGGAUCAGUCAAUGCUGGAAAUGAGUCUUCGGUUGUCCUCAUGUCGUGCCCGCGUGACGAAACUGCCCGAGAUUCAGUCUCCCGUGCUUCUGGACUUGGAGAAGAUCUUCAAGACCAUUGAGUCCCCUUUCCACCACGUCUUCGUCGACGAAGCCGAAGAAUUGUGUUGCUCGCUCUCAGACCACUGGUUGGACUCACUCCGUUCCCUACAAAAACAAGGAGGAGGAUAUUUCUGGCGAACCUAUGACCCCCUUUCCCCCUUUUCUAUGACGGAAAUGCCGGAUUCGUUGAAAAAAGAGUUGGAAGAUGCUCAUUCCUUAUUGACGGUGUUAAGAAACCCGGUCUCCGUGUUCCACACCUGGACCACUCACCUCGACCGAGAGAGAGACGUCCAAUUGAGCUUUCCCGGCACCCACGACGCCGCAUAUAAAAGGGAAGAAAUUCUCUCGGGACACGAUUUACAGGGGCCCAACGUGGAAAGGUUUCCCGUUCACAGUUCCAACCUCCCCGAAAAGAUCCUGGAAAUUCUAAGAGAGAAGUUCGGUAGUGGGAGACACCCCGGGGACAUCGCCGUCCUCUUCGCCGACCAUGGGGAUUUCCUCGUCCACGGAGAACGGCUGAGGAAGGAAAUGGAAGAGAAGCUCCGUGUUUAUUCCACCACCCGCCGCCUCCUCGUUCAUCAUGCUCAAUCCUUCAAGGGCAUGGAGGCCCCAAUCGUGUUUUUGAUCACCAAUCAAAGAUCGAACAGGAAGGGAAAUAUUUACUUGGGAGCAUCUCGAAGCACUUCCCACCUCUUUCUAAUCGACAUGGAGGCCACGGAACAAGAGGACGAGCAAGUGAACAGGGAACAAAGAAAGAUACGCCUUGCCACCUUGUCACCAGAUAUUUUGAAAAAGCUUUUGUCGAAAGUCAAUCUGCGCUAA